AUGUCGGUGGCCCGACUCCCCGUUAAAGCUGACGACCGGGAGUCUAAAAGGGCUAAAGGGAUGGCCUCACCCACGCUCGGAUUCUCGAAUGAGGAUAAAAUUGGAACCAUCCAACCCCACGACGAUGCUCUAGUCGUCACACUUAGGAUUGAGGGAUAUGACGUGAAGAGGGUGCUAGUCGAUCAGGGCAGUGCCGUGGAAGUAAUGUACCCCGACUUGUACAAGGGGCUAAAGCUGAGACCAGAAGACUUGACAGCAUAUAACUUCCCUUUGGUGAGUUUUGAAGCGAAAACUGUCACUCCGAAAGGCCAGAUUAGGCUGCCUAUACAGACAGGCUCGGACAUAGUGGAGGUGGACUUCAUAGUGGUGGACGCAUACUCACCCUACAUCGCGGCUUCAUGCCCUAGGAGUUGUAUCAUCAACCUUACACCAAAAGGUGAAGUACCCAUUGGAGGGUCGGGUCAAAGAAGUGAUAGGGGACCAAGCCGUGGCCCGGCAAUGCAUGGUGUCUGCCAUCUCACGACGACCGAGUACUGA